AUGACCUUGUUACAUCCUUUCUCUCGCACCAAUAUACCACUUCCCUCAAUAAAUGGCUUGUUGACAUCACGUAGCGAAUAUACUAUUAAGGAAAUAAGGGAGCACUACAUAGACCAAGGUAUCUUAUCUGCCAAUCCUUCUGAUACUUCAGAUUAUGCAUUGGUGGUGGUUCGUCACCAUUUUGCUAUGAUGUCCUUUUGGCGACCUGGAGAUCUCAACUGGACCAAAAUUAACUUCAAGAAUGAUAAUCUCUACAAUGUGGUUUAUUUUAAGGGACAAUUUUAUGUACUCACUUUUGAUCUCGAAGUUUGGGUGUUUGAUAUUGCCGAACCAAUUGUUAAGCCACGCUUACUUGUUCAUCAGCUUAGCCGUUCCAACAACUCACGGAAGUUUUACCUAGUCGAGGUAUCUGGUGCACUAGUCAUUGUGACUCAAUCAGAUUAUUGGAAGGCCUCUGACGACGGUCAUGGGUAUUAUUACAGCAUCCGUACCAUUGAAUUUAAUAUAUAUGAGGUUGAUGAAAUCACAGGAAAAUUGAACGAGAUUAACACUUUGGGAGAUUCGUCAAUUUUCUUGGGCCGCAAUGGAACAACUUGUAUUGACUCCUCUAGAUUUACGGCAGGAAUCAAGCCUACUUAUAUAUAUUUUACUAAUGUCUAUGGACCAUAUGGAUACAUGGGGGCUUACAACAUUAAAAAUGGGUGUAUUGAAUCCUUGUGCCCAGAAUUAGAAUUAGAAUUAUCAUUAGGUUCUAAUCGCCUGUCAACUUCUUGGGUCACACCAUCAGAUAAUCGGCGAAUCAAAUCGUGA